ACAAAAGUUUAUGAAUAAACUCCUCUGUAAAUGAGGGAGAGAUAGAGAGAGGGAGAUGGAAGAUGAGGAUUCAGUAAUGGAAGUUUUAAGGAUGGUGGAGCCGGAAGAGGAGUUGAAAUGCGAGGAGCAGGAGGAGCUGAGCAAGCACAAGAAUAGUAAUAACGGCAGAAGCAACAAGAGUAUAAUCGAGGAGCUGGCGGAGAGGCUGAGGAGCGCCGGAGACUCGGAGGAGGCGAAGAUUGAAGCGGCGAGGGACAUCCGGAAGCUGGUCAGGAAGUCUCCUUCCUCCACCAAGACUCGCUCCCGCUUCGCCGCCGCCGGCGUCAUUCCGCCUCUCGUCCAGAUGCUCUGCCCCUCCUCCUCCUCUCUGCCCGCCCGCGAGGCCGCUCUUCUCGCCCUCCUUAAUCUUGCAGUCCGUAACGACCGAAACAAGGUCGGGAUAGUUUCAACUGGUGCUAUCCCGCCUCUUGUGGAGCUUCUGAAGUGUCAAGAUGGUCACUUGCGGGAAUUGGCAACGGCUGCUAUUCUGACUUUGUCAACAGCUGAUUCCAACAAGCCAGCUAUAGCAGGAUCUGGAGUUGCACCGCUUCUCACUCAGAUGCUCAGCUCCGGUAGUGUUCAAGGAAGAGUUGAUGCUGUCACAGUUCUCCACAAUCUCUCCACCAGUGAAGAAGAUCCUAAGCUGGUUCUUGAUGCUAAAGUGGUGCCCCCUCUGAUAAAUCUUCUAAAAGAAUGCAAGAAAUACUCCAAGUUUGCUGAGAAAACCACAGUUCUUCUUGAAAUCCUUUCCAAUUCUGAUGAAGGAAGGAUUGCGAUUACAAAUGUAGACGGUGGGAUACUAACACUGGUAGAGACAGUUGAAGACGGAUCUCUUGUUAGUACAGAACACGCAGUUGGAGCUUUGCUAUCGUUGUGCCAGAGCUGCAGAGACAAGUAUAGGGAGCUCAUACUCAAAGAAGGGGCAAUUCCAGGUCUUUUACGUUUAACUGCAGAAGGCACUCCCUUAGGCCAGCAGAGAGCUCGAACUCUUCUGGACUUGCUUCGCAAUUCCCCUCCCGAAAAGAGACUGACAUGCUCGAUGCUGGAGAGAAUAGUUUACGACUUUGCUGCACAUGUCGAUGGAGCAGAUAAAGCUGCCGAAACAGCCAAGAGAUUAUUGCAAGACAUGGUUCAUAGAAGCAUGGAGAUGAGCAUGAGCCGAAUACAGCUACGGGCAUCCUCUUGUACACCUUCUUCAAAGAUGUCAGUAUGAGAAACCAUUUCAGCCCAGCCGAAAUUUUAUCUCAGUAUGUUCACUAUCCUGCAAUUUUAGCUCACUAUCGACGUGUCGUCAUAUACUACUACUAAUCUCUUAGAUAGUCUACACUGUUAUGGCAAAUACAGUAUAACACUGCGCCAUUUGAGGUGAUUUUAUGACCUCAAAUGGCGCAAUGUGCGUUGUAUAUCUCUCUAACGCAGAUGAGUUUGUGUAAAGAUUUUGCUUCUUGUACAUUCGCCUA